AUGGUUGUAGUGGAUGUACUGUGGAGUGACCCGAAAGUAAACCACGGUUGCACAAUGAACAUCUUCCGAGGCGGAGGAGUUUACUUCGGCCCGGAUGUCACCUCCCAUUUCUUGACUACCUCCAAUCUUCGCUUGCUCAUUCGAUCUCACGAGUGCAAACUCGACGGCUACGAAUUCUGUCACAACAACAUGGUCCUGACGGUAUUUUCAGCGUCUAAUUACUACGAGAUGGGUUCGAAUCGAGGAGCCUAUGUGAAACUCCUGGGACCAGACCUGAAGCCCCAAAUGGUCCAAUAUUCCUCGCAGAAGAGACAGAGCAGGAUCUUGACUCUCAGGGAUGAGGUUGGAAAGGUACUUUAUCUUUUCUAA